GGUUGUGAUGACGUAACGUAAGCUACUUCGGAAAUAAGAAAUUAUUCCCACGGUACCGUGCGAAUAGUCUUUUUCCUUAUAUCUAAUAUGGCGGCCUCCAUGAUUGUAAGGAUGUUUUCACGACCUGUUAACAAAUGGCCAGUAUCCAUCACUCGAAGGCACAUAUCAGUGUCAGCAUUUCGUUUUAAUGAAAGGAUGAAAGACGAAGACAGAGAAAAGCUUAGCAGUAACCCGUUUUUUGAAAAAUAUGCGCAUAAAAUUCAACAAUUUCAAAGUACGGACUCUGAAGAGUUUCACAAGAGAGUAAAAUCGAUGGGUAAAUCAAAACCAAGUGUAAUUCCAAAAAAGGAAUUGAAACCUAAGGAAUCAGAUGUCAAAGCAUAUGAAGAGAGAAAGGCUAAACUUAUGCAAAAUACACCCCAAAAAAUGCCAUCCUUAGGUAGCAUUAUGAACCUUGACCUUAUUCAAGAAAAAUCAGCAGAUGAAAUCACAAAUAUUUGGAGAGAAUAUCACAUGACCAAGGACUGUAUCACAGCUGUCAUCCCUAGUGAUGUAUUUCAUGAAAUUGAAGCAAAAUCAACUCUCUACCCUUCAUUCCUGUAUCCAUUACCACAAGAUGAGGGAUUUGAAUUUUACCUCGGCCAGUUUGAUGGAAAUAACUGUCAUUUUACAUCACUUAUCAACUAUCAGGCUUAUCAAGAAAAUGCACCAAUUCAUCUUUCUAUGAUACAUUACAUCGAGUUGAUUGAAUCUAAAG